AUGGAACAACCUCCGGGUUUUGAAGACUCUAACCGAACCAACCAUAUGUGUAAACUAAACCGUGCUCUAUAUGGUUUAAAACAAGCACCUCGUGCCUGGUUCCAACGAUUAAGCUCUUUCCUUCUUAAUCGUGGUUUUCAAAACAGUCAAGCCGACACAUCUUUGUUCAUUUACAAUCACCAAGGUAUCUUAAUUUAUCUUCUUGUUUAUGUUGACGACAUCAUUCUCACCGGGAACAAUGAAAAGUUCAUCCUUAACUUCACAUCUUGCCUAAACAAGGAAUUCAAAAUAAAGGACCUUGGCUCACUAAAUUUUUUUCUCGGUCUCGAAGUUCAUCACACAAAAUCGGGUCUGUUUCUAAAUCAAUCCAAAUAUGCUCAUGACAUACUCACCCGAGCCGGUUUACUUGACUCCAAACCCGUUGCCACUCCUUUAACAUCCAAAGACAUUUUCACCUCCGAAGGCCAACCGUUUCAUGACCCCACUCUUUAUCGCUCCAUUGUAGGUGUUCUUCAAUAUCUCACCAUCACUCGUCCUGAUCUCUCUUAUGCCGUAAAUCAAGCUAGCCAAUUCCUUCAAAAUCCCACAACCACUCACUUCCAGCUAGUUAAAAGGAUUCUUCGUUAUGUUAAGGGCACUUUAGCACAUGGUUUAACAUUUGAUCGUCCACAUAACACUACUUUAUUAGGUUAUUCAGAUGCAGAUUGGGCUCGAUGUAUCGACACAAGAAGAUCCACUUACGACUAUUGCAUCUACUUAGGAGGAAACUUGGUCUCUUGGAGCGCCAAAAAGCAACCGACAGUGUCAAGAUCCAGCUGUGAGUCUGAAUAUAGAGCAAUGGAAAAUACGACAGCAGAAAUUAUUUGGUUAACCAAUCUUCUUCGGGAACUUCAUGCCCUUCCACCGGGUCGCCCGACACUCUUAUGUGACAACAAAAGUGCUUUGUUCUUAAGUCAAAAUCCAAUUUCUCACAAACGAGCAAAGCAUAUUGACAUCGACUAUCAUUUUGUCCGUGAAUUGGUAACCGCGGGAAAGCUUCACACUAAAUUCAUCUCGACAAACAAACAAGUCGCCGAUAUAUUCACCAAGAGUUUACCAAAACCGUUUUGA